CGAUCAUCGAUGAAAAUGUAGGCGAAGGAUACAAUUAAAUCGAUUGGUAAAACACACUCAGCUUGCAUAAGACCUCCUUCAGCUCCGUUGUUGAUCAUUCAGGCGUAGUAUGGCCAAGACAAGGAUUCUGCUACUUAUUGUACACAUAAGUCUCCUACUGUCCUCAGAAGGAAAGGUCACAUUCAAAAUGGCAGGUAUUGUAAGUACAGAUGAAAAUGGUCUCACAUUUGAAGAAGCUGUAAGAAAAGCCAACCAAGAUUUGCCGGCUGAUUUAGAAUUCCAGGCUCUUUACAUCAAAAUGGAUGCUAAUCCAAUUCGAUCUGCUUUGAACUUGUGCAGUGCUGUGAUAUCUAAGGGAGUUCAUACAGUUAUAGUAAGCAAGCCAGAGAAUUCGGACAACAAUCCUCCUAUCUCUGUGUCCUAUACCUGUGGCUUCUACUCUAUCCCAGUCAUUGGUAUAUCAGCAAGAGACAGUUCAUUCUCAGACAUGACUGUCCACAAGACCUUCCUGCGUACAGUACCACCCUACUUCCAUCAAGCUGAUGUUUGGUUGAAGAUGCUUCAACACUUUGAAUGGAAUCAGGUUGUGUUCAUUCAUAGUAUGGACAUAGAAGGUCGUAUGAUUCUCAAUCGAUUCCAGUCCAAGGCAGAUGAAAUCUCUACUGAAAAAGUAAUAAAAUAUCCAUCGGGCGAUAAAAAUUAUAAACCUUACCUUCAACAACUAAGCAUCUUACAGUCCCGGGUAGUCCUGCUGUCAGCAACGCAAGAGGAUGCUGACCAGAUUUUCCAGGAUGCUAAAGCACUAAAUUUAACAGGAGAGGGAUACGCAUGGAUUGUUAGUGAACAGGCUCUGAGAUCUCCCUACGUACCAGAGGGUACCCUGGGCCUGAAGUUAUCCCAUGGAAAUAAUGAAAAGGCUCACUUAGAGGAUUGUGUCAGUCUUAUUGUGCAGACUGUCAAAGACCUUGUUAAUGGAACACUAAAGGAGAUAACAGACACCCCUAAUAGCUGUAACACAACAUCCUCCACGUGGCGUGCAGGGAAUACCAUUCUGAAGGCUCUCUUGGAUGCCAAGUUGGAAAAAGGCAAGACUGGACAGAUUGCAUUUGAUUCAUCAGGAGAUCGCCUGAAUCCUGUCUACUAUUUUCAGAAUGUUCAGCUGAAAAAUGGAAAGCCUAGCAUUGAAAAUAUUGGCUUCUAUGGAAAUCCAAAGGUCAUUAGUAAUGUUCUGGGAAUUAAUGAGUCCAAAAUAGUUUGGCCAGGCAAGAAGACAACCAGGCCAAGUGGAAUUAACAUCUCUACAGAAUUAAAGAUUGUGACUUUGGAAUCUGUGCCAUUUGUAUACACAAGAAAGAUGACCGAGAGUGACUCGUGUAACUGGGACAAGAAUGAGAGGUUAUGUCCCCUGGUAAAUGAAACAACAGGUAUUAAAGAAGACUACUGCUGCUGGGGAUACUGUAUAGACAUGCUGAUACAGAUAGCAGACAUGGUCAACUUUACAUACUCUAUUCAUCUAGGCUCUAGUGGAGAGUUUGGAUCUUACAAAAAGGUGAAUAAGACAGGGGAGAAGAAGUGGAAUGGUAUCAUAGCUGAACUCAUUGAUAAAGAAGCAGACAUGAUUGUAGCUCCACUGACAAUAAACCCAGAGAGGGCUGGCCGCAUCGACUUCUCUAAGCCAUUCAAGUACCAGGGCCUGACCAUUCUUGUCAGAAAGACAGCCACAGAGUCUAAAUUGGACUCAUUCCUGCAACCUUUUGAGGACACACUUUGGAUUUUGGUGGCGCUGUCUGUACAUGUGGUUGCACUGGUUCUCUACCUCCUGGACAGGUUCAGUCCAUUUGGUCGGUUUAAGCUGGCCAAAAAUAAUGACACUGAAGAGGAUGCCCUGAAUUUGUCAAGUGCCAUGUGGUUUGCAUGGGGAGUCCUCCUGAACAGCGGAAUAGGAGAAGGAACCCCCAGGAGUUUCAGUGCUAGAGUUCUUGGUAUGGUUUGGGCAGGCUUUGCCAUGAUCAUUGUGGCAUCUUAUACUGCUAACCUAGCUGCCUUCCUUGUUUUAGAUAGACCUGAAGCCUCCAUUACAGGAAUUGAUGAUGCCAGGCUGAGGAACCCUAAUGAAGAUUUUAAGUAUGCAACAGUGAGAAAUAGUGCAGUGGAAAUGUACUUUAAACGACAAGUGGAACUGUCCACUAUGUAUCGUCAGAUGGAACCACGAAAUUAUAAGACAGCUGAUGAGGCAAUCAGAGACAUUGUUAACAUGAAAUUACAGGCAUUUAUCUGGGACUCCUCUCGGCUGGAAUAUGAAGCAGGACAGAACUGUGACCUCAUAACUGUGGGGGACUUGUUUGGGCGGUCAGGACUGGGUGUGGGACUGCAGAAAAAGAGUCCAUGGACCUCCAAAAUCUCGAUGGCUAUUCUCAAGCUACAUGAAAAGGGAAAUAUGGAGGAUCUAGACAAUAAAUGGAUUUUAGAGGGAAGAAAUGAUUGUCCUGAGAAAGAUACAACACCUGCCACACUGGGAUUGACUAACAUGGCCAGUGUGUUUUUGAUGGUAGCAGGGGGCAUCAUUGCUGGCAUUAUUUUGAUUGUGAUUGAGAUAGCUUAUAAAAGACACAGAGGCCUGAAGGACAAGGAAUUAGAGCUGGCCAGAAAUGCUGCAGACCGCUGGAGGGGUAACAUAGAGAAAAGAAAAUUGUUAAGAGAAACUUGGCAUUAUAUGAAGGCACUAAAAGACAAAGAAGCCAUGGCCGAGAUUACAGAAGAAACCGAGAAAUGUUAAUCAGGAUGUUGCUGAUUUGUCCCUGUUCAUAAAUGUGAUGUAGAAAGAUUAAGUUAUGACAAAUAAGGAAGGCCCCAGUCUGAAUGGGCAUCUUAAAGCACAAAAAAAUCUUAAUAUGUGAGAGAAAUGUGAUGUGCCAAAUUAUUUCUAUUUUUGAGAUUUAGAGUUCAGUUUUAUUAUUUCGCAAAACUCUGCUUGUAGUCUUUAAUAUUGCAUUUCUUGAGAAACUGCUCUUAAGGCCUUGUAGCCACCGUUAUAAAGACUUAAUAAGAAAGAAAUAAAAGGUAGCCUGUGGUUAUGAAUACCUGUUCAGUAGAAACCAAUCAUUAAGAGAUCGAGUUAACUAUAAUCUGUAUCUCAAAACCAGACGUUACAUGUUAGAUAUGCCAAUUACUAUUUAGUGCUUAAGAACUCCAAUCAACCAUAAUCUGUAUAGCUAAACACUCCAGGUAACUAGAAGUAUAGCUAAACACUCCAGGUAACUAGAAGUAUAGCUAAACACUCCAGGUAACUAGAAGUUGUAGUUAGGUUAUCCAGUCAUCCAGAGUCUAUAGUUAAGAAUGCCAGUUAACCAGAAUCUGUACUUAAAUGUUACAAUCAAUCCAAAUCUGUAGUUAAGUAUUCCAUACAAGCAGAAUUUGUAGUUUAGAACUCUUGUUGACCAGAAUCUGUAGUUAGGAACUCCAAUCAACCUGAAUCUAUAGUUAAGUAUUUCAGUCAACCAGAAUUUGUAGUUAAGUGCUCCAGUCAUCCAGAAUCUGCAAGGUAGUUUAGUAUUCCAGACAACCAAAAUUUAUAGUUACAUGUAAUCACUCUUGCUAACCAGAAUCUGUAGUUAAGUACUCCAGUCAUCAAGAAUCUGUUAUUAAGUACUCAAGAUUACCAGAAUCCAUAGUUAUAAGUAUUCCAGUCAUCCAGAAUCCAUACUUAAGUUCUUUAGUUAACCAGCAUCUGUCAACUAGAAUAUGUAAUUAAGUAAUCCAGCUAAUCAGAAUGUCUACUUCUUUUUUGUUGUAAAUGAGAGAUGUGAUUUUUAUUCACCCCUGUCCUUGUUGUUGUUUUCCUUUAAAGAUAUUUAUUACAGAAAUUUGUUCUGAGUUUAAUUAAAGUUGAUUUUCAACAUA